CGACGAUGCAGGUGUGGUGCCUGUCGUUCCGGCAGCCGUACGCCGGUCUGGUUCUGGAUGGCGUGAAGACGGUGGAGAGCCGCUGGAGGCCCCUGCUGGCCCCACUGGAGGGCCAGACUCUGGCGGUCCACAUCGCCUGGCAGGACUGGGAGGGCGAGGAGUGGAGGGCGGUGCUUAGUGGUCCGCUGGGGAUGAACGGCGUCCAGAUCCAAACGCUGCUGCAGUCUGGAGAGCGCUUUGGCCGCAGCGUGGUGGCAGGAUUGGUGGAUGUGGGCAGGUCGUGGCAGUGCCCCGCCUCCCUGCAGGGGGAGGAGCUACAGCAGCUGGAGCAGUCAGCUGUUCUGAUUGGUCUGCAGGAGAAACACCUGACUCACCUGUCCAACCCUCGCUGGCUGAAGGAGCCCCUGAGCGUUCGGGGGGGUCGCGACCUCUGGACUGUGGACAUCCCUGCGGAGCUGUUACCAUGACGACGUGUCACAGGACUCUGCAGUCAACGUCUUACGGGACGACGAUGUUCCUGUCUGCAAGCCUGUUAGCAUAGCCAGGCGAACGUUCGGUAUGAAAACGUUUUGCAGCGUUUUGUUGUUUCCUGUUUGAACAGCAUAUUUCUGUGAAGCGGUGCGACACGGCUCACAGGUGUUUUCUGAUUGGUGGGCAAAUAAAUGUGUUUACUUUU